AUGAACGACACCCACACUUUGGGAAACCAAGGUAAACCGCUACCUUUGGAGGCAAAGAUCGCUUUAGCGACGUGGUUGGGUGUCGCAGGGUUAGUGACAAUAGCUGGAAAUGGAAUUGUCCUGUGGUUGAUUUUCAGAAAAAGAUCUCUAAGAACAAUGUCUAACCUGUUCCUAACCUCGUUGGCCGCCGCGGACUUCUUAGUGGGACUUGUUAUAGACCCAGUGUGGUUAGUGGUAAGAUGUUUGGGUUAUAAUCCUAAAACCUACUUCGAAACCUUCGGUAGGAGUAUAGAUUAUCUAUGGAUCCACACUACUGUGGCAACAACAUUUAACUUAUGCUGUGUUAGCCUGGACAGGUACGUAGCCAUCAUUCAUCCUCUGCGCUACCACGAUUUUCUCACCAACAGAAGAUGUUAUUUACUGAUAGCUGAUGUAUGGUUUAUGUCCCUCGUUCUACCCUGCUCAAGGUUCAUGGUUCAGGAUAAAAAAGCUUUAUCGACAUUGUAUCUAUCUUUUACAGUUAUGACAAUAUUAUUUCCUAUGUCUAUAAUCGUGUUCUGUUCUCUUCGAAUUUUAAAAGCUGCUUCAGUACAUUACAAUAGCAUAAAACCGACGAGCAGCUGUGCGCAGAAUCAAGACGUUAUUAGAAGAAGUAAAAAUAACUACAAAGCUGCUAAAACAGUUAGUAUCAUAGUGGGGCUAUUUGUGGUUUCCUGGUUGCCGAGUCUCAUCACUGGUUUGGCGCACUAUUUCAGCAACCUAGUGUCUUACGACUCAGUUUACUACACUGUGUGGACAUAUGUUGAAACAGUGGCAUUUACUUCAUCGGCAAUCAACCCAUGGGUGUAUUGUUUGCGAAACGACGAGUUCUAUGAAGCAUUAUCACGCACAUUUCGAUUUCUUAAAAGACGAUAAUUUGGAAAAAUGUUUCAUGUACAACUCAGAGACUGCACAAACGUGUGGACAUUUCUUGAAAUAAUGGCGUUUAAUUGAUCUGCAACCAACUCAUGGCUUUAUUGUUUGCAUAACGACGAGUUCUAUGAAGCAUUAUCACGCAAAAUUCGAUUUCUUAAAAGACGGUAGACUGACCCUAUGAAGUCAUAUCACACAAUGCAAUAACUUUUUUGUUCAAAAAAGUAAAAGUAGCUUGGUAAAGUGGUAAGCUGUUUUUCCAACCAUGAAUAUUGGUUGUUUUCAUGGUUGGCAAAACAGCUGUUGGCUCUAAAUUAAGUUUGUUGUCAAAACUCGAAGUGCUUGUCACUUGUCAAUUGAAGAAA